AUGAUAGAAGAUGAGAAUUUAAGCUUGGAGUCUUUCAAAAAAUUAAAGGAGCUGGAAGAAAAAUUAAAUGAAAAAACAAAAAAUAGGGAUAAGAAAAAAAAAGAUGAAAAAAACUCGGUAAAAAAUUUUAUGCAGCUUAAAUCAUUAGAGUAUUCAUUACCAUUAAAAUUCAAGAAAAAAAUAAAAUCCAUGAAGAUUAACAAACUGAAGGAUCUGAAAAAGCUAGCUGUUACUAAAAAGAAGAGAUUUUUUAUAAAAAUAUUAGAUAAUAAAGAUAUCAAAGGAAAAAAGAAACAGAAAUGA